AUGAAAAGUGGAUCCUGUAUGGUAACUGGACACGUUCGGGACAGUGAUGGGACUCCAACAAGACAAGCCCCCCAAGCACGUCCUAAACGAAAACUAUGGUCACAGUACGGCGGUCUGCAGCCGGCGCGAUCCACUACAAUUCUUUGGACGUUCACUAAACCAUCACAGCAGAGUCUUAUUAUGAGGAAACUGAUAAAGUAUACCGAAAAUUGUGUUAGACAGCCGGCACUGGUCGACAGAAGAGAUCCGAUCCUGCUCCACAACAAUGGCCGUUCACAUGUUACACAAAUCCUUGUCCGAAAAUUAAUUGAAUUGAACAUCGAAUUUCUGCCCCACCCACCAUACUUCCCAGACCUCUCGCCAACCAACUACCACCUUUUCCAGCAUUUCAAUAACAUUCUCACUGGUAGAACCUUUGCUAAUUGGGGUCAGUGUGUCAUCUGUGUCAACGCCAAAGCCACGAUGCAGACCUCUCCUUGCGGCCACCGGGUCGUCUGCCGCAAGUGCUUCGUCAAGACCAUCCAGAUGGCGGUAUCCCAGCGCCUGCUGCCUCUGCGCUGUGUCAUCUGCCGCGCCAAGAUCCUGCGCCUCAAGCAGACCUCUAGCCUCCACAAGACCUGGGUGCUGCCGGCCAGCGCCUCCGGGUACUCCAUGGGCGGCAAGACUUGGGUCGUCCCCUCGGCCAGCCAGUACAGCAUGGCAGUCCCCAACUCCGAGUCGCUCUACUCCAUGGCGUCCGGCUCUUCCUCUCUAUCAGGAGUGUCUUCCGUGAGCUCGGCGACCACCUCCAGCAGCGGCAGCGGGGGGGACAAGUGCCGCUACCCCCGCCAACCCAUCUCCGGACCCCUCCGCAAGUCUCAGGCCCAGUCGAUGAAGCACCGUCUGCAGGAGUACAAGGAGCCUGUGAGGGUAGAACCACAGGAGAAGCCUCGUCUGCCGCCCAUCCAGGAAUUCCAGAGAGAAUUCCGCGCUGGAAAGGAACGUUCUACUUCAACCAGAAUCCGAUGCGCACAAAAAAUAGUGACUCAGUUGGAGACAACACCCCUCGUGAGCAAUAACAAUAAAACGUACUUCCGAUCACCCCUGAAGCCUCCCAAUAAGGAACCGGAGAAAAAGAAGAAGGUGAAUGAAAAUCAGAAACAACGAGUGAAAGAAGAACGGCACAGAGAUGAGAAACGCAGUGACAAUAAGAAAAAUAACGAAGAAAACAUAGAAAGAGAUCCGACACCUUCGACCAAAGAAGAGAAGUGUAAAAAGGCUGACAAGAGAGAGAAAAAAGAGGAAAAGAAGGAAAGCAAGAAGGAGCCCAAACCCGAAAGGCCCAAGGAGGAUAAGAAAGAGCUGACGAAAGCGGAGAAAAAGGAGAUAAAGAAAGAAGCUAAAGCCGAAAAGAAGAAUGCUAAGAAAGAAGCUAAACUGGAAGCUAAAAAGGAGAAAUGUGAAAAGAAAGAAAAAGUCGAGAAGAAGGAAAAGAGUGACAAAAAGGAUAAGAAGGACGAAGCUGUUAAGAAAUAAUUUACUAUUAAAAUAAUUUGUUUUCAUUAAGAGAGAAAUAUUCACAUUGAUAAAGGUUAAAGUGACAUAAACUGAAAAUGUUUCAAAAAUAGUGAAACACCUCACAAAAAUCUCAAACUAAAGUAAAUUAAUUGAAAGUAAAAUCUUGAAUUAAAUUCAAAGUUACUUUCAGUUUACAAUGUUUUUGAGAUGAGAAAUUUACAAAUAUAUCACAAACAAUUGUUAAUAUUUAUUAAUAUCGAAAUCAUAUCUCCAAUAUUUAAUCGAAAUAUAAACUAGGAUGUACUGAGCAAAGUAUUUUAGUAGCAGUUGUCAGUCUAUUAUAAAUAGUGAGGGGGUACAUAACUGACUUUGCCCACCUCGCAUUGUAUAGUAAAUCGAGAGCAAGGUAGUAAAGCAGACUGAAUCUUAUCUGUAGUAAUAAUUGGAGUAAAGAUACUCUGCAAUAUAUAACAGUUUGCCUAACUUCAAACACACAAUAUACCCUACAAAGUGUAACCUUACAAAACAACAUGUUUGUCGUUGAUAACGACCAAGUCAGGAGUUGAAUAACAAUUAAGUGAGAACGCACUUAAUAUGUUAAAAAUACGUCGGUAACUAAACCACUGUUGAUUUUAUUGGAUUUUACAGUCUCAAAUGAUGUAUGCGUACCGUACUCUUUCUAGCUAUGAGGUAAGUGAAGAAACUUAAUGCGCACGAUAGGUGAAUUAAUUGGUCGUGGAAGGUGUUCCCCUUUUGCUAGACUUUAUAUAUGCUUUGUUCCUGCUCAAAUCAAAAAAUGAGUUUAAAAAAAUCCGCCUAUCACAUCCUGGCAACUAAAUUAUAGCUUAAAAAUACAAAUAUAAAUAUAUAAAUUUAUAUUUUUCAAUUCGAGCUUUCAACAGAACAGUGAAUUGCAUCCUGUAAUCUAGGUUAGUACUUCACUCUAAUACUGGACUAGUUCACAUUUGAGGUUAGUUGAAAAUAUCAGUGUGAAUUGAUUACAUCACGGUCUUUAUCAGAAUUAAAAAUCGUAUUUAACAUUCAAAGGUCCAUCUGUAAGAUAGUUUAUGUCACGUUAACCUGACAAUGUCAUAUUUCUGAGUACGAUUCAACGUUCCUUAUCUGUUACAUUGUCAUGACAAAGUCUAUUUUUUGUAGUAUCCUAGCGGUAUGUGGCUGACAUAUCUUGCUGAUAAGCGAUCUGGAUCGGCAUCAAACAUUACAUAUUGUGCAAUCAAUUUUAAAGUAAUAAUUAAUAGUCAAUUAACUUUUUAUCUUUUCACAAUUUAAUAUAACUUUAACUACAGUAUUGCGUUUUAACGUAGAUAUAAAAUAUACUGUAUUAGACCGGAGUGUUGUUGGACACGAACGAAGAAGAAGAAGAAUCGCCAAAGAGGAAACAGGUCGAAGGGAAGUAGAAUGUGAUAUUGUAGCAAGUGAACAUUGUUUUGUUGUUUUCAGUUGUUAUUUAGAAGAAGAACUUGAGAUAUUAAGCGUUUAAUUUGCAGUGUGUAAUUAAUUAUGGUUUAAAUUACUUUUCGUACAAAACAGUUAAAUAAUCAUUGAUACAUUAUAACAAUUGGCUGACCAGCUGAAAUAAAACACUAAUGUUCUCCAGGAUGUUGUACAUUGGGACAGUGUAAAACGUAUUUUGUAAGUAGUAUUUGCUUACAUUAACGGUUGUCAAAAUAACAGUUUUUUAGUCUAUAAUGAUAGCUGUACUGCGAGUUGUAAAAGGAAGAAUUCUCAACAAACAAAAAAAAACAUUUUUUUUUGUAAACGAAUGCGAUCGUAACGAAUUUUAUUUUUAAAUGUUUUAUUUCAAUCCCACAUGACUAAGCUGUCCCUUGUAAGCUUAUGUUUUUAUUGAAAUUACUAAAGUGACCAUUGUUGACACGAUCUUUUAUUUGGAAAGUUCUCUUUGCCACAAGUAUCAUUUAUUUUAUUUUUUACUUUGAAAGAAAAUGUAUGUCAAUGAAACAUCUUAUUUUCAGAGACUUUCUUUAGUCGAGGCAUAAAUUGGUCUCCAUUCUUGAACAUUUUAUGGAUCUAAUUAUGAAUUAUAAUAUUUCGCAGUUAUGUGUACAACAUUCUGGAGACAGAUUUGGACUUCCAGGAAUGGUGACGAGGCCUUAGUUAGACACUUUGCGUACACUAGCGUAGUAGCGUAAGCGAUAUUUUGUAAUCUUUUGUAGGUUCGCUGUGUAGUAUAGAAUAAGAGAGUUAGUUGUAAUUUUUCAUCUACCCUUUUUUGUAAGCAGAUUGUUGGACUCGAAGGUCGCGUUAAGGUAGAAUGUACUCGUACUUUGUCUGAAGGGCAGUGUAUACAGGCUGGUAUUGAUCUUGUUUAAUUCCAAGUAUUAUUUACUAUGUUUACGCUAAACAGUUUUCUGUUUAAAUCAGCACAAACACAGUCGUGUCUUUCCAUUCUAAACUAGUCGCAAAUGAGUGUAUAAUUUGUUGUUAAUAAAAACUGCUACAGGUAGUUAGUUUCUCGUGAAAAAGAUUAUCAAUCGAUAUCGCAGUGUAUAUUGAAAAUUUUUAUUUCUCAUUUUCACUAUGAUUUAUUCUUAAUUAUUGCAGUAAUAACUCCCAAAAAUUAUUAACAGCAUGGUAAAAUACCAAAUCAAACACUGUAUAAAGUAAGUAAUAAAACUGUUAGUUUAAUAUACACCCGUGAGUUGAGUAAAGAAACUAUCCAGGUAUAGCCUAAGUGUAAAGAUAACAUAAGUUACACAUACACAAUAAAUUAAUUAUCAUAUUAAACUUCACCAGAGUAUUUUUCAGGCCGAAAUAGAUAAGAAAUGUAAGUUUUAUUUUGUCUAUUUUAUCGCAUGUUUGUCUAUUUGUAUUCUUAACAAAUCAACCGUACCCUUCAAUUUAACAAAACUAUCAUGUUUAAAGUUUGCGAAAUUGUCAGAGUAAUCAAGUAAAAAGUUUAAAAAGAUGUCUUUUCUUCAAAAUAACGACCAUAUAAAGUUUUCAAACUGUAAUAACUCACAGUUGUUAUUUUUACUUUUAAACAAUCUUAAUGAAGUGAAAAACAAAAUUUAAACCCUAAGUUUGAUAUAUUCACCAGGCUUAAUGGUUUAUUAUUUCAACCUAUCAAAUCGUUUAGUAAAGAUAGGAAGAAUAACGGAUUUAUGAUCACCCUGUACAAUAUAAGAAAGAAGAAAGCUAUAUUGCCCUUUACAAACCUCAUGAAGAACAGGAAUAGUUGUGUAGAAGGUUUCCAGGGGCGUAUCUAAAACACAGCUUUGUAGGGGAAUGGAUCUGUUAAAGAGCACAUUUAUAGGCCUACCAGGGGGUAUAGAACAAAUAUGAAUAUAUCAACAUUUUUAUUAAUUAGAUAGGCCUAUUUCAAAGUAAAAACAUUUAACUGCCGUAUUUCACUCAAUUUGGAUUGUUAUUAUACGCAUAUUUUUGAAAUAAUUAGAGCUUUGCUUUUAAGGGAUAUAUCCCCAUCAUUCCCCCCCAUAGUUACGCCCCUGACUAUUCCGUCAGUAGACAAAUAUUGUGGUUAGUUUAUUACGUUCUAUUUCAACACCUGCAGUAUUAAAGUUUCAACCCAGACCAGUUCAAGUUCCAGGAACAGACGAAAUCUUUUUAGAGAGAAUAAUAAAAACUCAACGGACAGACUGGUUGGAUGUUAUUGCCUCGACCGCGCAUGCGCAUUAACUGCUUCAUAAUGUCAUACUAGUUUCUUUACUCAACUCACAAUCUGGACCAAAGCCACGUUAUACUAUUAUUAUUUAUUUUCUUAAAUUUCACGAAUUUUGAAGUAAAGUACUGCUGUUUGUUGUAUUUAUACUGAAAUGCUACAAAAAUAAUGAAUAAACGAGGAUAAAUAUAUCUUGAAAAGUAAGUAUAAUAUAAAUUAUUCUUAGUUACUUAUUAAGUUACCGAAUUGAUUGAUUUCCAUUCAAGCCAAUUGUCUUUAUGAAUUGUAAAGCUUAGUGCCGUUUUAUAAAGUCUAUUUUUGAGAGCUGGUGGUUUAAGAAACCUAGCAAUAACAGAACGACGGGACACACGAUCCUAAUUUGUAUAUUCUAAUCUUGAUGUAUAAGAUUUAUUAAGAUUUUUAUAUGACAGCCCGAUAUCUUAGUCUUAGGCCACCAGAGAGUAUGUAGACGUCGAUCGUGUAUAUUAGCCUAUUGGUAUCGGUAAACAUAUUUUUACUUACAGUUUAGAAAUAUCAUUUUUAUAUAGAAACUCGGUGUUAGUAAUAUUAGUUUAUCAGUGUAAGAACACUAUGUUAUAGUACAAUAUUUACGUGUCAUAUUUGGUUGCAUUUAUUUUAUUAAUUGUCUAAUUAGGGUUACUAAGAAUGUUUUCAAAGCUUUUGAAAUCCUUAUUUGAAGGCUAAACAAGACGGAUGAUUACGUAAUAUUUGAUCUGAUAACGAUUACUCAUUCGAACUCUAUCUAUGAAGUGCCUGCAAUUAAGCUCUUCUUUCUUGUGUUUCAGUCUUGAUCUUAAUGAAGUGACAAGGUAAGUUGAGAUCUCUUGGCCGCUUUGUGCGUAUUGGGUCCAGUAAAAGCUGCAUUACUGAGAUAUCCCCAUUCAAGAUUAUUUCUUUGUCACUCCGGACAAGAAACUAAUGACUUUCCCACGCACUUACUUCUAAAAGGUGCUUUGCGCUUGCUGACAGAGUAAAAGGAAAUUCAGGAGGGUUGUUGGUAGGGCUCGCCUCCUGUCGAGAUUCCAUGAGGAGAGAGAGCGGGCCAUUAUCUCGGUCAUGUCACGUCAGAAGAGGGAGGCCAGCUUUGUUCCAUCCUCCUCCAGUAGGGGACAGUACUCCCUCAUGUCUAGGCUAGCAGCAGUCUUUAACACUGAAGGAGGUCCAAAAUAUUAUCCUCCGAAGUAGACAGGACCUAUCGAUCAACCCUUUCACCCCAAUAUCUUGACAUUUUGGUUAAUGAUGGACAUCCAUAGGUUGCCCAAAUGUGACACAUCGCUCCUUGAUGUACCCAGUAUAAGUAUAAACCAGCCCGACAUGAACCUUGGGUUUCACUCAAGGACAUACUUGGGGUCUAUUAUUGGACUUUUAAUCCGGUUUGAUUGUUGGCGGGUUUCAGAAGAACGAUUCGUAAUUUACUUGUAUCAGCCUAAUCCGGCUAAAAUCCACUAGUGGACGAGAUAUCAUUAACCACGAAUAACUUUAAAUUCUAAUUACAUCCAUAAAUAUUUAUUGUCUAAAUAAUAGUUUUGAAUUGGGAUGGUUUUAAAAUCAAAUGUUUUCCUAAAAGCAUACACGUGAAUGCCACAUUUUAAAUCACAUAUUGCCGUUUAUUAGUUAUUGCCUCACGUGUAAUCCACAUUUUAGAAUCGUGAUGCUAGUAGAACCUGGGGUACUUUAGUCCAGAGCUAUAAUCGGCCUCCAAAAAGUAUUCUUAUCGAUGGGAUGUGGAAGUCAGUCAGUACCUCAAAUUUCCUUCGUAAACCCCUCUGCAGCUCUCGGCCAAUCAAGGUUUCUGUUUAGGUCACGUAGUCCGGUCUUGACGAAUUGGUUUUGGUAGACUUAAAGCUCCGUUGAAGGGUCGAGCCUGUUAAGGAAUGUCCUAGAGUUGUUAUUAUAAUUGACGCUCAGAUCCUGGAGGGAGUCCUUAAGAUGGAUGGCUGGCAAGCUUAAAAUAUGGGGGAAUCUGGUGAUGGCACAUAUUUGAGGUUGGGUUUGUGUCAAUACUGCAACUGUAAAAUGCAUAAAACUGCCGUCUUCACUUAUAAAGGACCAGAUUAGAUUAAGGUUGCUUGCUGCAGAGACUAUACAAGUUAACUAUUACUAUUACUUAGUUAACAAUGUAUUCUUAGUAAAUCAUUGUUUUCAACUCAAAAACAUAACACGAAAGUUAUUUCUAAGGAUUCUGACUACCGUCACAACAAAAACCUUCCUAGUAACUCUACACGUAAUCUAUCUAUGAUAGUACGAAACAUGCACAGUGCAUUGUUACAAUUUUGUUUCUCCAGUUUUAGUGUCCAUUUUAUAAGUGAACUACUGUAAAUACAAUGAUCUCACUGCUCUGUUUUGUUUAGUUGUGAAUAGCAAAGUUUAUUUUUCUUGAACGUUCCUAUAAAAUGUAAGGGAAAGAUAACAGGUGGGGUACCAACAGCGAGAUAGUCCCCUUGCAUGUGCCAAACUCUAGUCAUUUGUUAAGUAGGUCAACUUGAGGUUGGUGGUCCAUACAGAGUAAUGUUUUAGGCGAGUAAAAAUGAGCUUUGCUCACAAUUGGGACAAUUAAAACUUUAAGAGACAGCUACGAUUUGGAGACAGAUUGUUCCUGAAAAUAAGAAAUGAUGUCCUUCAAAUUCAAGUGGAACAUAGAUUUAUGUAUUUUAUUAGUUAAAAUUGCAUACAAUUUAAAAGAGACACACGCUUGGUGCAAUGAAAAUUUGCCAAUCCUAACCAAUUAACUCAAUUGAUCCUUGAUCUUUGCACGUUUGGUAGACCUGAUGCAAUUGCCCAGGUUCAAAUCCUGUUUAUGACCCAAAAAUUUUUCACCAGUACUAUUGUACUAUACUGACCACUUCUUGGUCUAUUUGACAAUCUUCUUGCACACGUCAAUGUUCCCU